UAGUGGCUGAAAUGCUCUAGUAUUUUGCAUAAAUACCUGACCAUGCCAGCCAAUGUAAUUUACAACAAUUAACAAACAAUACUUUUUGAACCAUCCAAAUCAUGGCAUCUUUCAUGAUACCAUUCAAAGCCCUGUUCUUCCUCAUGCUCGUCCUGCAUCAGUCUCCCCCUGUUUUUGCUUCUUCAUCCUCCAUUGCUGCAAAUGAAACAGAAACUCUUCUAAAAUGGAAAGCUAGCCUUGACAACAACACCCAAACUUUGCUCUCUUCGUGGGUUGGAGGCAGCCAUUGCAACUGGGUCGGAAUCACUUGCGACAUGGCUGGAACCAUCACCAAUCUAAGCCUUGCAGAUCAUAUGUUGAACUUGAAAGGUACACUUCGUAGUCUUAACUUUUUUUUCUUCCCUAACCUGGUGUGGCUUAACCUUCAUAAUAACUCACUGUAUGGGUCCAUUCCCUCACAUAUUGGGAACCUUUCCAAGCUCACCCACCUUGACUUGUCAUACAAUACUUUUUCUGGGAAUAUUCCAUCGGAAAUUUCCUUAUUGAAAAGUCUUGAGUUCAUUUCCUUGGCAAAUAAUGAGAUCAAUGGUUCCAUUCCACAAGAAAUAGGGAGUUUGAGUUCAAUUUCCUACAUCAAUUUCCGUGAUAACCAUCUACGUGGUUCUAUACCUGAAGAGGUUUGCAACCUUUCCACGCUCACUUGGCUUGACUUGUCACUGAAUAAUUUCUUUGGAAGUAUUCCUUCUAAAAUCGGAAGGUUGAGUUCACUUUCUAUACUUACCCUUAAUGCGAACAAUCUCACCGGUCCAAUACCUAUUUCUGUUGGAGGCUUGCACAAUUUGUCCCGACUUGUCCUCGUUGAAAACAGGCUCAAUGGUUCCAUACCUAAAGAAGUUGGAAUGAUGAAGUCACUUAAUAUGCUUGAUCUUUCAGCCAACCAACUAACUGGUCCUAUCCCAACAUCUAUAGGAAACUUAAGUAACAUGGUAUGGCUCUAUCUGUAUGAAAAUCAGCUCUCUGGUUCUAUCCCCAAUGAAAUAGGAUUGCUUCAAUCUCUUAACACGUUGCAGUUGUUAAGUAAUAAUCUCACCGGUGUCAUCCCUGCUUCCAUAGGAAACUUGACCAGCUUAUCUACUCUCUACCUUCAUCAAAAUAUGUUUUAUGGUUCAAUCCCUGCUUCCAUAGGAAAAUUGACCAGCUUAUCUACUCUCGACCUUGAUCAAAAUAUGUUCUCUGGUUCAAUCCCUGCUUCAAUUGGAAACAUGACGAAGCUUGUGGAGUUAAAUCUUCAAAUUAAUCAUUUAUCAGGGCCAAUUCCUUCGUUCAGCAAUCUUACUCAUUUGGAAUCAUUCCAAAUAUCGGACAACCAUUUCAGUGGUCCAUUACCAGAGAAUGUAUGCCACGGUGGACAACUCGAAAAGCUUGGGGCUGUUAACAACAAUUUGAGGGGUCUGAUCCCAUCAAGUUUAAGAAACUGCAAAAGCUUAUACAGAGUUAGGCUUGAAGGAAACCAGUUGACAGGAAAUAUAUCAGAAGCUUUCGGUAUAUAUCCUAAUUUGAAGUAUAUUGCAUUAAGCAACAACAAAUUUUAUGGUGAACUUUCGCCAAACUGGGGGCAAUGCCAUAGUCUAGCAAGCCUACAGAUCUCCAAUAAUAACAUUUCUGGAAAGAUACCACCUGAGCUGAAGCAUGCAACUCAAUUACAGGAACUCGAUGUCUCUUCAAAUCAUCUCAUUGGUGAGAUUCCCAAGGAAUUGGAAACAUUGAAACUAAUGUACAAACUUUUGCUAAGUGGUAACCAACUUUCAGGCAAAAUUCCACCAGAGAUUGGAGUUCUUUCAAAUCUACAACAUCUUAACUUGGCAUCAAAUAAUUUGAGUGGACCGAUUCCUAUUCGACUUGGAGACUGCUCAAAGUUAUUGGACCUGAACUUGAGCAAGAAUAAACUUGAAGAAAGCAUUCCAUUUUCAAUAAGCUACAUAAAUGGUCUUCAAAAUCUAGAUUUAAGUCAGAAUUUACUUAUUGGAGAGAUACCACAACAGCUUGCAAAAUUACAUUCCUUGGAAAUAUUGAACAUAUCUCACAAUAUGCUCAAUGGUUCCAUCCCAAAUUCUUUUAAUUAUUUGCAAAGCUUGACAGUUGUGAAUAUAUCUUACAAUCAAUUAGAAGGUCCUAUUCCGAACAUUAAGGCAUUUCAUGAGGCUUCCUUUGAUGCCUUAAGAAACAAUAAGGGCCUAUGUGGUAACGCCACUGGACUAAUGCCUUGUGCUGUCGCUGCUGCUAGCAACGGUCAUAGAAAAAGCACCAAAGUCAUCAUUUUCAUUGUGAUUCCAUUCUUUGGUCUUCUUUUUCUCUUUAUCAUCGCUAGAAGUUUCCUUACUCUUUGCCAAAAGAAUCGAACCAGAAAAUCUGAGUCAAUGGAGGCACAACUUGGAAAUUUUUUCACAUUGUGGGGAUAUAAUGGAAGAAUACUUUAUGAGAACAUUAUUGAAGCCACCGAAGAUUUCAGCUCCAACAAUUGCAUUGGUUCAGGAGGCUAUGGAACAGUUUAUAAAGCUGCGCUACCCAAUGGUGAGGUGGUUGCUGUGAAGAAACUUCACCAAUCUGAAGAUAGCAUGAUUUCCAUCAACUUGAAAGCCUUUGAAAGCGAGAUUCACGCUUUAUCAGAAAUAAGACAUCGUAACAUUGUGAAGCUAUAUGGCUUUUGUUCACAUCCAAAGAACUCAUUUUUGGUUUAUGAGUUUGUAGAGAGGGGAAGUUUGAGAAUGGUGUUAAGCAACAAGGACGAGGCAAUGGAGUUGGAUUGGGAGAAGAGGCUAAAUGUUGUAAAAGGAGUGGCCAAUGCCUUGUCUUAUAUGCAUCAUGACCAUUCACCACCUAUAAUUCAUCGAGACAUUUCCAGCAACAAUGUUCUUCUGGAUUUGGAUUAUGAGGCUCAUAUCUCAGAUUUUGGCACAGCCAGGCUUUUAAAAUCCGACUCUUCUAAUUGGACCUCACUUGUUGGCACUUUCGGGUACAUAGCUCCAGGUAUUUAUUGAUCUCUUUUCUUAAGAUGCUUUAAACAUGUCAUCAUUCAAUUAAAGUGUUAGUUUUGUAUGCAAAUUGAUGCGUUAAAACAAAGUGCAGGUAGUACUAAGAUUGUAACUUUUUAAAUUUAAGUAUCAAAGAAUUUUACUCCAAUUCAAGCAUCAAAUGUGUAAUUAAUCUUUUAAGUUUAACACUUAAUU